CAAGUUCACAUCUUAAGUGCUUUCUACUGAAUUGCAGCCAUGUUCCUUCCCCUUACCCCACAAUUUGGAAGCUGUUGUAUCUCUGUGACUGCACAACAUGGACGUGAGGGCAUUGUAAUCAGGCAUUGAACAGAAAAUUUCACAGUGAACUCUUACUAGGAAAUAAUGCUUAGCUGGAGAGUUUGUUUAGUUAUCAAUAUUUCUUCCCUGGUUUGUUUCAACUGUGUUAGUUUUGAUGAUUCAGUUUCUGAUUAUGAUUCAAUUUGCUUACUCCAGAUAUCAAGGUUAAUGUUUACAAACUCUGGUGAUGCCAUCUUAGUACUAGCAUCGAAUGCUAUUAACCUGCUUUGGAAGUGGCUAAGAAAUGAGCGCAAUUCAGGGGGCAAGACAACAACCAGUGUUUCACCAGUACUGUGGCAACCUUCAAGUGGCAUCUUAAUGACAAAUGAUGUGCAAGAACCAAACCAUGAGGAAGCUGUCACCUGCUUUGCUUUGUCCAAGAAUGCUUGCUAUGUGAUAUCAACAUCUGGUGGAAAGAUCUCCUUGUUCAACAUGAUGACAUUCAAGAGAGUGAGAACUUUCAUGCCUCCACCUCCAGCAGCAACUUAUAUUGCCUUCCAUCCUCAAGAUAACAACAUCAUCGCUAUUGGCAUGGAUAAUUCUGCCAUCCAGAUAUAUAAUGUCCGACUGGAUGAGGUUAAAAGCAAGCUUAAAGGGCACUCUAAAAGGAUAACUGGCAUCGCCUUCUCUCAUUUGCUCAAUGUGCUAGUUUCCUCAGGAGCUGAUUCUCAGAGCUGUGUAUGGAGCACUGUUGGGAGGGAAAUGCAGAGGGCUAGAUCCUUGCAGCUACGGGGCGAUCGAUAUCUCAAUCAGAUACCAGAGCACAGUUUCAUCAGGAUCAAACUCAUUUCUUUGUUGUGCAUGAGGCACAGAUUGCAAUAUAUGAAACAACAAAGUUGAAAUGUUUAAAGCAUUGGGUUCCGCGCUAACCCCAAUUUCUCAUGUGAUAUCCAGCUGAUACAUGCCAGUUUCUUGGAUGCAACUGUGUGCAUAUUCACUGCAGGGCACCUCCAUAUGCGAUGCCGGUAUUAUUCCUUCAGCUUAUUUUUCACCCAGUAUGAGGUAUUUUUUGCUGCCUGCUAACUUGUUUACUGCUUUAA